AUGCCUCCCAAACAAAAACUACAGCCUCAACUACACGUUCCGACGCUCACAUUCCCUUUUUCAUCACCUAUCAGUGAAGAAAUCGAAAGUCCGUCCUGCUCCUCGGCAGAAGACCAGGAGGAGCAAAACCGGCCCUUUGCUUUUCUAUCCAAGGCCACACGACAGAAGCUGGAGUCCAAGGCUAGCAAAGAUGGGAAUGGGACUGGAAAUCGCUCGCCCAUAUUCCCACAUAUAUCGAAAGUAAACACUCGCGGCAUAUCCAAGAACCGGAAAAGCUUCGCAAAGCCUCUGGGUUUGAAUUUAGUGACGGAUUUCACGUUGGCAGCGGCGCCGAAGAAAAGAGGAACGAGUCAAGAGACUGCUGUGGCACCAUUUGUUGAUCUGAAUGAUCUGAAGCUCCUCUCGAAAGUACGAGAGAGGGAACGCACAGCACGGAAAUCAAAAGAAAUAUUCAAGAAGCGAGCCUCGCGUGGAUUUCAGCAGUUACCCGAUGACCAAAUAGAGGAACAAACGCAGGAUGGAGGUUCGUUCCUCGACCGGCGACUCGAAUCCGCAGACCCAUUCCAUGAUAGACACGAACAUGGUCUCUCGCCUUCAGACCGCAACGUUAUGAUUGGACUUACAGUCCCAACGAGCGAGUCUAUGGAUCGGACAAGGGAACUUGAUGAUCAAUAUACACCACUCACACCCUCUAUUAUUGUCACACCUGCCAGGGAAGAGGCGCCGUGGAACUCACACUCGAAUUCGAGUACAGAGCAGCUGCGUCCUCCAAGAGUUGCAUCUAGCGUUUACUCUCAGCCUACACCACGUCUCUGGCAAUUUGAGUCAGAUAUACCGCCUGUCCCAGCAAUUCCAGCACAGCAUUGUGCUAAGACAAGAGGGACAGGUGUAUUCACCAACGCGAGCCUGACACUCGAUCCUCGGAAACGUGCAUCUAUAACAUCAACAGUCUGGGAAGAUGACAGUCCUCGACAGACAACCCCAGAGCCAAGCACCGUCAACCUCAACACCACCAGCCCACCGGAUAGAAGCAUAAACAACAACCCCUUCACAAACACAAACCGCCUCAGCGUCAACACAGAAACAGACCGCCCAACCUCCCAAGGCUGGUGGACCUACCUCCUCUCACCUCUACUAGGCCGGCCCAGCAAAUCACCUCUAAGCCCAUCCUUUCCCAGAACCCAAGACCAAGAUUCACCCACACCGUCAACACCCUCACCAACAACAACCCGCAAAGAGUCAAAAUGGUGGGAACGAGAAAAAGAUCGAUACAGGGAGAAAGAGAUAUCAUGUUUUUCACCUGAUACACCCGAAACAGCUGCACCCAUUGGAGAAAAGAACUUUGAGCAGAUUCGCGGUAUUGAUAACACGCAUGGCCAAAAUUCUUUCCCAGAUCUGGUCCCUGACCAUGAUCCUGCGCCUGCGUAUGACUAUGCAACUGCUCCUCACCCUUUCCCUCAAGCUUUCCCAGCACCCGUACCUAGACAACAAACCAUGUCAUUCAUGUUUGGUGGUGGACAGACGAUUCAGGGUGAAGCCGCUGAAUAUUAUCAAGCAUGUGCUCAUGAAUUGUUUAGUAAGACGCCAUAUUUUGAAUGUGUUGGACAUAUUUGUUCGAUCACUCCUCUUGCCAAUACCGGUGGUAUCAGUGGGACUAGAGAUCUUCUGGGUAAUGGCGGGAAUGGGUUGGCCAUUGUUGCUGAUGAUGAAGGCAGUCGUGGCGAAAACCAUUACCCAUCCUCGGGCACUAGCUUUACACCAGAUCUGAAGAGAGAUUCAACGACAACUAAGAAUUCGGGAUUGUUGAUUGAUAUUGAUUCGCCGAAGCCGAAGUCUGUUGCUGCACGUGCGAAGGAAGUGCUGGUUCACUCGCCUGCUUCAGAUACCAGUUCUGAUUCCUGGGAUUCAUCGGUUGUAAGCGAUCAUGAGAAGGGCGCUGUUGCUGAACAGGCUACUAGGGAGAUUCCUGCUGUUGUUGAGCAUCAGCCUUCUACUCCUGCUCCUGCGCCUGCUGAACAGGAGAGACAGAUUUAUGAGCCUCCUGCCCCGGCGCCGGCUCCUGCUCCAGUUCCAGUUCCAGUUCCAGUUCCAAUGCCCGAACCCCAGCCUGCACCUACGCCCGCUCCGAUUUCAAUGCCAGAGGCUCAACCUGCCCCUGCUCCGCAGAUUAUCACCAAUAUUUCACCCCCUGUUAUCCAUUAUCCUACGCCUCAACCUCAGCCGCAGGCACAACCUGUUCAACCGAUUAUUAUACCGCAUUAUGCUCCUAUAUUCCCUACUGGCCAGCCAAUGCAACCAGAUCAGCCUGCUUCCAUGAUCCAAGAGCAACAGACACUGGAGCAGACUCGCGAAAUCCAGAUCCCACAGCAGACUGAAGCUGCCUCUCAGGGUCCCUCACCUGGUGCGGAAUGGCUUUGGCCGCAUCGUCAAGAGGAACAAGCUCCGGCUCAGCCUGCCCCUACCCCUCAGGAAGUGCCCAGUAGAGUUGAGACGGAUCUACAGGCACAUGUCCCUCAGGCUACAACAGCGACUCAGACGGCACAGGAACAACCACUAGGAACGGAGUGGAUGUAUGAACAGCGAAGACAUUUACAAGCACCGCUUGUGGUUCAGGGACGGGAGUCUGGAUCUGGAUGGCCUUUUGGACAUCGUCAGCAGCAGCAACAACAAGCUGCUCCGCCUGUGCCUCAAGCUCCACCUCAGGGAUUUGAAUGGGCUUAUGGAUACCGAGGGCAACAAAAUGCAUCUGUGAACCGUGCCCAGGUACAGCUUGAUGCAGCAGAACCACUACCUCAACAGCAGCAGGCGCAAGUACAAAGGCAUACUUUGCCUCAGGAAAGACAGCAAGAAACGGACUCAUCAAAUAGAGAGCGAGGACAACCGCAAGUCAUUCCUGUUGUUCGGGAACAAGCACAAGAGCAACCCGUUGUUCAGACACAACCUCAGGGAUCUGAAUUGGCACCUCAACAAGGCCAAGCAUCUGAGCCAAUCUCUCCAGGAUUUCAACGUGCAGCUGGAGGACCUGGUUCAAUCCCUAUGUCUGACAUGCAAGCUCCAGCUCCAGCUCCAGCUCCAGCUCCAGCAUACAGCCAGUUCCCCAGAGAAGCCCCUCUUCCACCGCGAUAUGAUGUCCAGCCACGGUAUGCUUCCCAUUCUGCCGGUGGUGCUACGGUCGUGAAUCCCGGUGGUGCAAUUGGUCCCCAUGAGGCUCGACGCCGCAGACUGGAAAGGGAAGACGCAGCUGGACGCAAGGCUGGAGGUCUGUGGCGUGGUCGAGGUCCAUUUCGCAAAGAAGGUUGCUUUGGACGUCCAGGACGUGAAGGUCGAACUCGACGAAGAUGGUAUCUGCUUAUCUUUAUCUUCUUCUUCAUAAUUGUGAUCCUGGCCAUUGUUCUCGCAAUUACAUUGACCAAAAGGGGAGAUCCAACCCCUGUUCAAUCACAGUGGCUCAAUCUUACUGGCUACCCUCCUAUGCCAACUGGUGUUGCGACUCUUGCUGGAACAGAGCCUCAGGUUGAGAAGUCUACCUGCAUUACACCCUCGUCUAUGUGGAGCUGUGCUCUGCCCAAAAGCCAACAAAAAUCUAACGAGCCUUUUAAUGCCGAUCAGCCUAACUUCCGAGUAUCAAUCUCAUUUCGCAAUGGGACCUACGACAACAGCACAACCGUCGGUUCGAACUCUAGCAGUGUACGCAGAAGAGGUGACUUUUUCAACUCAUCACCUGCGGCUCCCAGCAAUGCAGACGAGGCCUUCAUAGGCCAAUACACAGACAACAACAGUGCACCCUACAGCGGCGAGGAAACACCCUUCUUCAUGUCCAUGCUCUCCCCAAUAUCCCUCUCCUCAACCAACCUCUACCGCCGCUCCACAGAAACAAACAGCACCCUCUUCCCAAACCUCACAUCCAUAAUACCGGCCCCAGACGAAAACGCCGACGGCUCAGCCGCAGCAGCAAUGCUCUAUCCCCUCCCAGCCUCCCAGCCCAUCAGACUCUACAACAGAGGUCAAGCAACAGAACACUACGGCUUCUACACAUACUUCGACAAAUCCAUCUACCUGACCAGCCAAACCGAAUCUAAACCCGCAGACACAAACGGCGGAACAAGCAGAGCAGACUCCAAAUACCGCUGCACCUGGUCCCAAACCCGCUUCCUCGUCCAAAUCUGGACGCAGCCAGAUAAAAUCGGCCGCCGUCUCCUCCCAUCCAGUAACACAACAUCAACAGCCACUACAACCUCAACAGCCUCCACGGCAACAUCAACAACCAAAGCAACAUCAUCAUCCUCCGCAACGAAUUUCUCUCGUCCCGGGUCCUUCCCAUACCCGGUGACAAUAACAAUCGACCGCCACGGCGGCGCGGAGAAAAAGAAAAUGGUAUAUUGCUAUGCAGUUGAGGAUGACGGCCAUUACAAUGUCACAUCUGUGCAGUUGCAGUUGGAGGAUCGGGCUGCUGGUGGUGUGACUGUUAACCCUGCUGGUGGGAUAUUUGAGAGUUUGAAUCAGAAGGGGGAUAAUGAGACCGAGUAUGGCGGUGUUGAUGGUGGGUCUGGGGGAUGUCAGUGUCAGUAUGUCAACUGGAUUGGAACUGUUUAG